AUGGCUAGCCACAGAGUUGGAGAGACUGGUUUAUCAGACUCAGGUCCCUCUAAUCACCAUCUAUCUUAUGCACUUUUCCAAGGAAUCAACACCCCAUCAACCAGUUUCAUGAAUCAAGAAGGAUCUGCUUUUGAUUUUGGAGAGCUAGAAGAAGCAAUUGUGCUGCAAGGAGUUAAGAUUAGGAAUGAUGAAGCUAAAGCACCUUUAUUUACAGUAACAGGCAGACCUGCAGCUACACUGGAAAUGUUCCCUUCAUGGCCAAUGAGAUACCAGCAAACCCCAAGAGUAGGAAGUUCAAAGUCAGGAGGGGAGAGUUCUGACUCAGGAUCAGCGUUAAACACUCUUUCAAGCCAAGCUGAAGCCCAUCUGGAACCGGAAUCUCCCAUCAGUAAAAAAGCUUCUUCUUCAGAUCAUUACAAUCAGGCUUUUGAUCAGAAGCAUCUACAGUUUCAAGAACAGCAACAAGUAGAUAUGGCUAAUGAUACAUCAAGAACAGGAGGAGGAGGAGCAGGAGGACCAUCUCAACACAAUCAAUCACCUGCCAAAACACCCCAAGAAAAGAGAAAAGGUUCAACAUCAGAGAAACCACUUGAUGCUAAGACAUUGAGACGUUUAGCUCAAAACAGAGAAGCUGCAAGAAAGAGUCGACUGAGGAAAAAGGCAUAUGUUCAGCAGCUGGAGACCAGUAGAAUAAAGCUUACUCAGUUAGAGCAAGAUCUUCAAAGAGCAAGACAGCAGGGAUUGUUCUUGGGUGGCUGUGGUGCUACUGGUGGCAAUAUCAGCUCUGGGGCUGCAGUAUUUGACAUGGAGUAUGCAAGAUGGCUAGAAGACGACCACCGGCACAUGUCGGAGCUCCGGACAGGAUUGCAAGCACAUUUAUCCGAUGGGGAUCUAAGGCUUAUUGUAGAUGGUUACAUUUCACAUUAUGAUGAAAUUUUCCGGCUUAAGGUAGUGGCAGCUAAAUCUGAUGUGUUUCACCUUAUUACCGGAAUGUGGUCUACUCCGGCAGAGCGUUGCUUCCUGUGGAUGGGUGGUUUUAGGCCGUCAGAACUCAUCAAGAUGCUGAUAACCCAACUAGACCCUUUAACAGAACAGCAAGUCAUGGGAAUAUACAGCCUCCAACAAUCUUCACAUCAGGCAGAAGAGGCUCUCUCCCAAGGCCUAGACCAGCUCCAACAGUCUCUGGUUGACACCAUUGCCGGCGGACCGGUCAUCGGUGGAAUGCAGCAGAUGGCAGUGGCCUUGGGCAAGCUUGCCAACCUUGAAGGGUUCGUUCGCCAGGCUGAUAAUUUGAGACAACAAACCCUUCACCAACUCCGACGGAUAUUGACGGUGAGACAGGCAGCACGGUGUUUUCUGGUGAUCGGAGAGUAUUAUGGGCGGUUACGGGCACUUAGUUCUCUCUGGGCAUCUCGUCCUCGAGAGACAAUGCUCAGUGAAGAUAACUCAUGCCAAACCGCCACUGAUCUUCAAAUGAUGCAACAUGCACAAAAUCAUUUCUCCAACUUCUAA